CACAGGUUGACACUGUUGCUCAUUCAGAUUCAUGAUGGGAGCUGAACAGUGGGGACCUUGCUUUGAUGACAUCUAAAGCCUUGUUUUUGAACCCAAGCCUGGAGCAAAGCUUUUAAAUGGAGAGGAAUCAGAGCAGAGUGACUCAAUAAAACAUAGGAAAGGUUUCAACAGGGAUGCCCGCUAAGCCUGCAGUUUUCACCUUUGUGCCUCUGGUGCACAAGCUUCCAGUUGAAAGCAUUCUUGCCAAGGAUGAGAGGUCUGAAACCCUAAAAGGAAAAUCAGAUAAGAGCAUUGCUGUGUCCCAGGAGAGGACAACCGGAGAGGCCAUGUCACAGGAAGACAUUUGCAAAGCGGAGAUUGUCUUUAUCAAGGACGUUUAUGAGGAAGGAGUACGGAAACUUAUCCAACUGGAGCAAGAACCUCAGUAUAGUCCACCAGAUCAUGAAAGCUUCUGUGGAUCCAAGUCUCCUUCAGUCAGUGCCUGUUCUGAAAAUACACCCAAGCAUGAGGCCACGGCGACAGUCUCUAUGGAAACAGUUGUUGAUAAAUGCAGGGGCAGUUCCUGGCAGCAGUGCUACGAUAUCUCUGGGCAUUCUGAACAUAGCUUGGGGUACAUGGCAAACACAGUGUCUGUGUCAGAAGACAGAACUAGUCCCAUAAAUUCUCCAGACCUCUUCCCCACCCCUUCUUCCUCCAGAGAGUCCAUUCUUUCAGAGGGCUUGGAUAAAGAGCGGAGUUGGUACUCCAUGCAGCCGUCCUCUGUGGCUUCUCCUACUUCUUUUAGCAGAACUGUUUCUCAGUGUUCAUCUAUCCGCUCUGGAGUCUUCUCUCCUUCUGUGGUUCAGAUCAGGAGGCACGUUCUUGCUCCUGGCUCAAGUCUGAUUCAUACUCCUCAGUCCUGUUUCUCAUCCUGUGACAGUCUGUCCUCUUCCACUUGUCAGCAAAGUCCCCCUUCCCGGCGUCGCCCCCCUCUCACCCGGCUCUCCCUCCUCACUGCAAUACUUAGAAAAGGUCGUCUUCCUGUGCUGUCUUCUGGGCUGCAGAGGCCUUACACCCCCUGCUGGCCUGUUAACCCUGUGACUCUGUCUGUCUGCAAUGCAUGCUCAGCUGCCUCCAGUGUGGCCUCUGUUCCCCUGGAGAUUUCCUCCCGGUUCUCUAUGCCCACCUCUGUAGACAGUCGAAACCGUGCUAACUGGGAGCCCAGCAGGUUUCACCCUUCACCUCUAGCUGCAGAGUCAAGCAAACCCCUCAUGGAAGGUCCUCAAAUUCAGGUGACAAGCAGUCAACUUAGGAGAGAGCUGGUAAUUUCACCUCCACUAAAUAAAAGCAACACGAUCCCUGAAACCUUCCCACCUCUGCUCCCAAGUUUAAAAUCCAUUUCCAUGGUGCGGCAUGAAAAACCUGCCAUGAGGGCUUGUACCAACAGCUUUAUUUCUAAGCUGCAAAAGCUAAGCCCUACCAUGCUCCUCACAGACCAUACAAAUAACUCCAAAAAGGUAAUUCCCUCAACCUCUAAAUCUAUUAAAGAGCGUGAGAACUCUGUGCCUCUGAAAUGGACUUGCCCACCAAAUUCAUCUCUCUCAAGGCUCCAAAGGCUGUCUCAGCAGCUAAGAUCUCAGCCUGGCUUCCCGUCUCCUCUGCGUCCCGCUCCUGAACAAAAUACACCUUUGGAAACAGGUUCCUCUCUGUUGGAUUUGCAAGAAACAACAAAGUCUGGGGGUGACAAGUCAGAGGGGAGCCGCCCUGUUUCCACACUUCAGACUUUUCAGAAAGGUCACAACCUAUCUCCUUCUUGCUACAAAACAGUAGCUUUUCCUGGUUGGUCAUCCCCCACCAAUUCAGCCACUCCUACACCCUCUCCUGCCCCACCAAGCAAAGACUUCACCUCUUCGCCUUCCUGGUCCCAAUGCUCCACGCCAUCCCCAAGGCCAGGAAGUGGGAUUUCAGACUGCUCAGGCAGGGAGGAUAAAAAAAGAAAGCAGCAGGCACACAAGAUUAAGUCAAGCUACAAAUCACUGGCUGCAAUCCCAACAAACACAAUUCUCUUGGACCAGCAAGCUAUAGAUGAAGAGGUAGAGGAAAAAUUUAAUUAUAGCAACACCCAGGACAGAUCUGAUAUAGACACCCAUGAAGAGAUGUGCUCCCCUGCUGAACUCCGGCAAAAGUCAGAGGAACUCUAUGCAGUUAUUGAUGAGAUACUUGCAAACACCGGUCCACCAAAGACCUCAAAGUCAUCGCCUACCAAGAAGCAUUUUGAGCACAAUCCUGCAUUUUCAAAGUCCUUUGGGCGUGAAACCAAAUACGCAUCUUUGUGCAGCUUGCACCCAUCUGCCAAUAAGGAGAGAAAACUGACAGAUAUUGAAAAGACAAAACCCGGGGUGAUUCGCCCGAUGACAGCUAUUCCUAGACUGACAGAUGAGGUCGAAGACUGGUUUAAAUCAAUUUCCUUGAGGAAGUAUUUUAAGCAAGCCAUAACUCAGAGGGAAAAGAUGGAAAAUAUCAGACUUGAAGCAGCACGGACUGAUUUGUUCACGGACUCAAAAGGAAAAUUGGUAGAAGAUAAGACGACAGCAGAAAGCAGAAGUCUGUUCCCGGUUUGUGAGCUGCACAUUAAGGAACCCGAUGAGCAGCUCAGUCCAAAUGGAAAAGAAGUGGGAACAUCUUUUGGUACCACUGGCAGGAACAUGGAAGUGUUUGAAGCUUGUUUGUAAAGUAUUAUAUUCCAAUGUUUCUCAGUAGAGAGUUAUCUGCCAAUCACAUACUAUUGCAGCUAAUUAUGCAUAAGAAGGCGAUUUUCACUUUAUCAGAUUGAGUAAAGGCUUGAAUCUUUGUAGCUGCUAACAGUUGCAGGCAGCUUAUAUUAAAAAGGGAUAAUACAACUGCCAAAAACUGAUUAUAUAAGAUCACCCUCUCGAAAUUCUUUGUAAUAUUUUUAACAGUAAGUCAUUUAUUACAGAAUAAAGCUGUGAUCUGUUA